AUGCAGCCGUACUUGGUGGACCAAUGGCGAUCGGGCGUGCUGCACCGGUGGGUGCCGCUGGUGCUGCUCGUGUUCGGUGCGAAACUGUCCCUCGAGAUGGCCCGCGGCGAGAUAGUGAUCUGUAACUACGAAAAGUUCCACCUGUUCGACAGCAUGUACCGGCCGCGAACGGACAACUUCUGCGUGUUUAACGACGUGUACCUCGGCAGUGACGUGAAGGGGGCCGACUUUCUGGCCAGCAGCCUCGACUAUCGGCGGGUCGCGUUCGCCAACUCCAAGUUCCCGCAGGUGCCUCCGUCGCUGUUCAAGAACUUUGACGACAUCCGGGAGCUGUACGUGCGGCGAUGCUCGCUCGAGUCGCUCAAGAUUACCCGCCUGCUCGAGAAGGUGUACGCCGGGGGCAAUCGGAUCGCGAGCGUGCAGCUAGAUGGGAAUGCGUCGAACAGCUUGCGCGAGCUGUACCUGGACGGCAACCGGCUGCAGGGGCUCGCCAACCUGACCAAUCUGCCCGCGCUCGAGGUGCUCGUGCUGGAGAACAAUCCGCUGCUCGGCAAUGUGGACUUCGGUCAGUUCGGCCGGAUGGAGCGGCUGUGGAAGCUCGACCUCGAGCGGAUCGGCAUGAGCCGGAUCAGCAACGGGCUGAAGCGACCGCUGGCCGAGCUGCGCCGGCUCGACCUGUCGAACAAUGCGCUCACGUACGUGCACGUGCGCAUGUUCCGGACCUUUCCGAAGCUGGAGCAUCUGUGGCUGCACGGCAACCGGCUGUACUACAUGGAGGCGGACCAGGUGCGCACGGUGAUGCCGUCCAUCCGCAGCAUCGUCAUCGACGACAACCGGUGGGGCUGCGGGCAUUUGGCGGCGCUCGGGAAGCAGCUGCGCGAUCGGGGCAUCAUCAUCCGGCACGGCGACUGCCGGGCGGAGCGGGCCGUCCAUCGCGUAUGCUGCUCGGACGAGACGGACGUGGUCGACAUGCGGUACCUGAUCGAGAUGGGCAUCCGGCACGAGACGCACUUCCAGCAGGAGGUGCGCGAGCUGCGGGCGGAAAACGAUAUGCUGCGGCGAGAUUUGGAGCGACUCGGCAGCCGGCUCGGCGAGCUGAUGGCGAACAUUUCGCGGCCAGCUGAGCCGGUGGUAGCGCCGAGCGGGACAGAGGAAACGGUGGAUGGGCAGGACUCGGGCGAGCAUCCGGAAGGUAAUGACGCUGCUGCUUCGUUCGAGGACUAUGAGGAGGAGGCAGGGAACGAAAAGUGAGGUUGGUUUAGUGUACAAAUGGUGGAGAGGGGGAUGGGAGCAGGUAUGAUUUCGGAGCAAGUAUGUUCUGUGCUAAGAGUAUGAAUAUGUCGAAGCGUUAAUUUAUUUCCUCUGGUCUGUGUGCGAGGGUAAU